GAACCGCACUUCAAUUGAAUGGCAUGUCUGAUAUCAGAUAACUGAUACCAUACAUAGCUCCCCGAGUCUCUCCUCUCCUCUCUUCUCGUCUCACCUACAUCAAGCAGACGUAUAAUCACACAAUGCAUCCUACAAGGAUAUUCCGAGCACACCACGGCGAGAAGCCGAACCUCACCGGCUUCGAUAUCAAGAAAUUCGCACACGCAGCCGGCCCGCCGAGAUACGAUCCAUGGGAGCGAGCUGAAGCAUGGCGCUACACAGGCCUCUUUUCGCGCUGGAAUCGGUUCAAGGGCGCCUUCCCGGGCCUCGGCAUCGCCACCGUCGCCUUCAUCGCAUACCUCGGGUACGAGAAGAUGUUUCUGGAAGAGGAGCACCACCACGGAGAUAGCCACGGGGAGGGGCAUCACUGAAGCAAGAGAGAGAGUGAGAGAUCAAAAAACCAAAAAAAAAGAGAGAUCAAAAAAAGAAGGAGGGAGGGCAUUGUAUAUAUUGCUAUCAGCCGACUACCUACCUACAAGCUACUAGGUACCUACCCCCCUAGGGUACUUGUAUUGCUGUACCUAUCUGUAUGUCCCAUCAUGAAUAAGGGAUAAAGAAAAUCUAUCAAGAAGUUCGUUGAUUGCGAUUCAACGACGAAGACUCGGUACAGACAACGAAAGCAGCAGCCAACGUAGUAAAAUGUCUACUUGGGUAUACCUGUAUACCUAUGAUGUCCCAAUGCUCCUUGAGUUUAGAAUUCUCGUCUUUUGGCAACUGCUCAGUUCAAUUGGUAUUAAGGGUCUAUCUGCCGAGACUACAUAGGGGGUUAACAUAAAGUAUAAGUACCUACAUAGCUCCUAUCGCCUCCAUAAGCC